AGUGUCAAAGCACAAUCUAGACCAUAUGGUUUAAAUAGUUCUGUGACUAUACCGUGACAUUAUUUGGUUUGCCGGUCGCUCUGCAUUUCUAUCUUGAUGACUCUCUUCAGCUGUGCAGUUCCAAGCCUCAGCACCGAUUAUAUUUCGGAGGCUAAAUACCUGUCCUAAAAAACAAAACAAAAACAGACAGCCUUGCGUUGUGUAGCUUGCACAUUCGAGCUCCGCCGUGCACUUUAGCACCACUGUCUCUUUCCACACAGCGGUGCAGUAAACGCACCAUCCACAAUACGAUUUCCAGCGGUUAUUCCUGACCCCCACUAACUUCCACGCGGGAGGUGCCAGAGCUCAUCUCGGAGGUGCGAAACUGUUAUUGAGCGAAAAGCCAACCGCGCACGCACCGGCAGCGCAUGACGAGGCGCGCAGACGGACAGCCACGCAUCGCCGGUCGCUUUAAAGCCGCAGGAUUUGGAUUAAAUAGCUGCGAGAGAGCCGAUGAGGCUUGGAGGAGGAGGGAAGGAGGGAGGGAGCCGAGAGCUGAUUUUUAUCUUUUACCGGAUCGAGAAGGGGAGGAGGCUCGGAGAAUGAGUUAUUCUUGUAACAGAGCAGAGCCUAUUUGCUGUACGGCGUAUUAGCCAUCGCGUAACUAAAGGCGCAAGUAAAUCGGCUCCUGCGGCGACGACGCCGAGAACAUCAGAAAGCCUCAGUUCCUGCCAGGUCGCGCUCCGAACAACCCUCUCCUGUCGGACAUGAAAGUGCAGCAAGGCUGCAACUCAUCAGACAUGGGCAUCCCGGUUACAACCGAAGAAGAAUUGCGCAAACACACCGUAAUAACGCCCGAGGAUGUGCUCGGGCUACAGAAGAUCACCAAGAAUUACCUCUGCUCUCCAGAAGAAAACGUCCACAUGAUCGACUUCACCAGAUUUAAGAUCCGUGACAUGGAAACGGGGACUGUCCUCUUUGAGAUCACCAAACCUCCGACACCAGCUGGUGGUAAAAAGCAGUGUGACCCCAAUGCCGGCCGUUUUGUCCGAUACCAGUUCACCCCGGCUUUCCUACAGCUGCGGCAGGUUGGAGCCACAGUGGAGUUCACGGUUGGUGACACCCCCAUCAACAACUUCCGUAUGAUUGAGAGACACUACUUCCGCGAUCAGCUGCUAAAGAGUUUUGAUUUCGAGUUUGGCUUCUGCAUGCCCAGCAGCAAGAACACGUGCGAGCACAUUUAUGAGUUCCCCACGCUGUCCGAGGAAAUGAUGCGUGAGAUGAUCCUGCACCCUUACGAGACGCAGUCUGACAGCUUCUACUUUGUGGACAACAAGCUGGUGAUGCACAACAAGGCGGAUUAUUCCUACAGCGGAGGGCCGUAGGAAAGCCUCCAUCCUGCAACCCUCCACCAUUUCUCUCUUUCUCCUUCCCUGUUUUAGACAUUUUCGAUAAUCCAGCUAUCACUUCAGGACCAGAAACAGAUGAACUGAUGGACAAAUCACUGGCAUUAAAUACUCAUGUCUCCUUCCCUGUUAAGCUCCAUGCAUUUCCAUUCAGGUACUGAGCUGCCCGGCCAAUCAGAUUUCUCCCUUUGCCUCUUUUUUUUUUUUUUUUUUGCAGAAACACUGAAUUCUGCAAGUUUUAUCCUCAGUUUGCAUCAGCGUGCGUGAGUGAGUGUGUGGGCAGCAAACACAUGCAGUGUCUGUACAUAGUGUUGAUUUCUGUCUGUAUAUGUGGGUUCCAGUUUCUCAUCAGGAAAACUUUUUUAUUUUAUUUUGUGUGUUUUGGAAGAGAAACCGAAGUCAAACAGACGAGGCGGAAACACAGAAUGAGACAAAGGAGGAAAUGAAAUUGCCCUAAAAGCAGUAAGAAUAAAAAAAAUCAGAUGUAUAUUUACAGUAUAUAGUUUGUAUAGGAGUCUCACUGUAUUUGUACUGCAGAGGUUCAGCGAAGUCUUUGUAGUGGCACACACAUCUGAAUGAUUCGGUCCUCCUCCUGUGAUCUGCCAUCGUUCAGUUGAAUGACGGCACUGUGUACUCCGUCUUUGUGAAUGUGUCACUUGUUGUCAUAUAUUUUCAUGUCCGUAGUACUACUACUACUGUAGUGCGUGAGGAGUAUUUUUUAAAUAAAUAGCCAUUUUGGAAAAAGUGUCAGAGAGUUACACUAGCCCAAAGUCAGAUACCAAUUUUGAUAUCCAGUACGAUCUCUGUAGUACUGAGCACUGUGUAUACUUUAAUUACAAUAAAUGUUUUAAGCAAAAAAAUAAAUAAAAGUAUGUAAAAAAGUUUUGACAACCAAAAUUCCAUAACUGCAAUAAAUGUGGGAUUUUUGUGGGACCUUGA